CGUUCUAGUUGGCGCGUAAACCCAACAAUUUCUCUCCUCUCUUCUCUCUCACCGACAGACAGUGAUCUUUGCUUCUCUCACACUCCCCUCCAUACCCACCCACCACCACCUGACCACCACCACCUCCUCAAAACCGCCGCUAACAUCUUUCUCUCUCUCUUUCACCUCGUUCAUUCACCACCUGUAGCCAUGGAUUUCGCAUCCCGAGGCAGAUCUUAUAACGUUAUUAAUAUUCUUUUUGUUAUCGUUUUAAUUGUGACGGGCUCAGCUAUUGAAGUCUGUAAUGCUUCAAUUCACAUUUACAAUAACGAAGUGUUUAGCGAUGUUGGAAAUGCUUACCUUCUUUCUGGUGGUAGCGAAGGCAUUGUCGCUUCUCUCCUGAAUACUGGCCGCUCUUAUAUCAGGUUCAAGGAUAUUACAUUCUGGAGGACUAAAGCUGCUGCUGAAGAGCACUCAGAAAUGGAGCACAGUACAGGAUUGAUACAGGUUGUGAUUUUCGAGGCAGCUGACCGAAAUAAUAUUGGUGGUUCUGCUUAUGGUGGACAAAGAUCAAUUUGUUGCACUCCCGAUCUUGCUAAGCUAGAAGGUUGCAAGCAAGGUGAAGUCAUUAGGAUACCUUCAGCAACAGAUGUCAAGUGGCCUAUUGUUAUGAAUGUGCAAUUCAGUGGUAACUACUUAUCAACAGAGAUAAGGAAUGAGGUUGUAAAUAUCACAAAGACGGGAAUGUAUAACUUAUUCUUCAUCACAUGCGAUCCUAAACUCAAGGGAUUAAUAAUGAGUGGAAAGACAGUUUGGAAGAAUCCUGAUGGUUAUUUGCCUGGCAGGAUGGCCCCUUUAAUGAAGUUUUAUGUGUUCAUGUCUCUUGCAUAUCUUUUGCUUAUUGUCAUUUGGUUCACACAGUAUAUGAGGUUUUGGAAGGAUAUUUUGCAACUUCAGCAUUGCAUUACAGCCGUUGUUGCCCUAGGAUUGUUUGAGAUGAUUCUUUGGUAUUCUGAGUAUGCGAACUUUAACAGCAUGGGUAUUAGGCCAGUUGCAAUUACAACUUGGGUUGUGACUGUUGGAGCUAUAAGGAAAACUCUUGCUCGCCUCCUUAUACUUUCAGUUUCUAUGGGUUAUGGAGUUGUGAGGCCCACUCUUGGUGGUCUUACAUCGAAGGUGAUUCUUCUUGGAUUUACAUAUUUUUUGGCAUCUGAGUUGCUUGAUAUUACUGAGUAUGUGGGAAACAUCAAUGACGUAUCAGGAAGAGCAAGACUGUUUCUAGUCCUUCCUGAUGCAUUCUUGGAUGCAUUUUUGAUAUUGUGGAUAUUUACAUCUCUUUCAAGAACAUUGGAGCAGCUACAGGCAAAAAGAAGUGCUGUUAAGUUGGAUAUCUACAGGAAGUUCUCAAAUGCACUAGCUGUGGCAGUGAUAGCUUCUGUUGCUUGGAUAGCUUAUGAGGUUUACUUCAAAGCAACUGAUCCAUUCAAUGAAAGGUGGCAAGGUGCUUGGAUCAUUACAGCAUUCUGGGACAUUCUUGCAUUUGCCUUGCUGUGUGUUAUUUGCUAUCUUUGGGCUCCUUCUCAAAGCUCACAACGGUAUGCCUACUCAGAAGAAUUAGGAGAGGAAUCUGAUGAUGAAGAAGCACAAUCUCUAACAAGGGGAAAGUCAGACGGUGAUAUCAGUUUAGUCGAAAAGAAAGAAAAGAACGCAGGGAGCACGGAUGUCUUUGAUCAAGAGAAUGAGACAGAAGAAGAUAAGAGAGAAUGAUUUUUGGAAAAACAUAUUCUCACAGGAACCUCAUACAGCAGUGCUGAACAAUCCUGUUACUAUGAGCUCAAAGAGGUCAUUACCUAUUAUUUCACAAAUACUUCCACUUGGGCUGCAGAGGUUUAAAAUUUUGACUUAAUGUGAUUCUGCUAGUUCACCAGGGUGAAUAUACUGCCAAAUUUCUUGUAUUUUUUCAUACCAUUAAUUUGUAUCAUUGUGUAAUUGUAUCAAUGAGUAAGGGUGGCUUUUGGAGUGUA